UUACAUGGGACAAGGACAUGUCUGUCCAUUACAAAAAUGUUGUCCCGUACCGGGUUCACACGAAUAAGCACUGUUGUUAUCAUUUCGUGCGCGGAUAUCCGCUUUCAUGUAUUAGCCGUUUGAGUUGUCGUUGACCCCUCCAUUUUUGGGGGAUAUAACGGCCGGUAGUCUCGACAAAGCUUCAGCAAGUUAACAGUGAAAGCAUAUAUGUGAGCAAGUGUGUGGCUGUUUAUUUAUGUGUUAACAAAAUAUUACACGUACUCGUGAUACACAACACUGGAGUUGUGUGCACAAAAGCGAACGAGACUUUUUUCAGUCUGUCAUUUAGGUGGAGAAGAAGAAAAAACGUUAAAGCCCGUGUUCAUUUUAAAACAGCUAAGCAGGUAAACACGCUAGUCGGCUCAAGACGGGAGUAUAUACAUUUAUCUAGUACAGGAGGAAGCGACACCUGGAAUCAUCUGAGCGUCGUCGAGGAAAUAUGGGGAAGAUAAAUAAGUGUGUGUCUGUGAUCAAAGACAAUCUGCUGGUGGUAACGACUCUCUUGGGGGUCGGGGUGGGGUUCGCAGUGGGGUUUGGAGUGCGUGCAACAAACCCCACGGAUGACGAUCUGAUGUGGCUAGGUAUAAUUGGCGAGCUUUAUCUCCGGAUGCUGAAAAUGAUGAUUGUACCACUCAUCGUUACAUCGGUCAUUUCAGGAACGGCCACAUUGGACCCUAAGUCGAACGGGAAGAUAAGCAUGGUGUCUAUUGCCUACCUCGUUUUCACAAACUUUCUCGGGGCUCUGAUUGGCUGCAUCAUGGCUGUUAUUAUCAGACCAGGUGUCGGCGUGUCAAACUCGGAAUCGGGUAAGAAGCUAGAAUCAGUCACCAUGGAAACACAGGAUAUAUUUGCAGAUCUGUUGAGGAAUCUGAUCCCCAGCAACUUGAUACAAGCCACAUUUCAACAGACUCAGACGAAGUAUAAUAUUGAGACAGUUCUAAAAAACAUGACAAUGAACGGAACGAUCAUCUCGCGAGAGUUUAAAGAGAUCAGCGGAAAAUAUAUCGGCUCCGCCGGAUCCUCCAAUAUACUUGGGCUCAUAAUAGCAAGUUCGUUGUUCGGUGUGGCGACAGGGGCGGUGCGAGAGGCAGGCAUGCCGUUCGGCGCUUUCUUCACUUCCGCUACUGACGUCAUCAUGCAGAUACUCAAAUGGAUCAUACGAACGACACCUUUCGGUGUAGCAAGUCUAAUUGCUAAAACGAUAGCAAGCACGGACAACAUUCAGGAGGACUUUCGACGGCUUGGGGUGUACUCGGCAACGGUGAUCGCGUCUCUCUUCAUUUGCAGCGUUGUACUGGUUCCCAUAGCGUACAGUCUGCUCACCAGAAAGCAGCCCUUCCGUUUCCUGUUCAGUGUCGUCAACGUUCUCAUGAUUGGAUUUGCCACCUCAAGCUCAGCAAUAUCCAUACCCGAAUCGCUCAAGGCUCUUGAAGACACCAAUAGAAUCGACAGAAGAGUAACCAGAUUUGUAGUACCGCUGUCGGCCACACUGGGGCGCUGUGGAAGCAGCGUGUAUAUUGCAGCGACGUGUAUAUUUCUAAUGCAACUUACAGAAAUUGAAACCGAUGCAAGCAAAGUUAUCCUUGUUAUCGUUCUGACCACAUGUUCGUCCCUGGCCAUCCCCUCCGUGACCGGGGCCAGUCUGGUGACUGUCAUCAUCCUAAUGACCGCACUGGGUUUACCGGCGGAGACCGCCACGCUGUUGUUUACACUUGAAUGGCUUCUGGAUCGUUUGCGCACUCUUGCAAACUUGAUAGUCCAAGCUCUGGGGUCAGUGGGCACUUAUAGAGCGUGUCGGUCAGCCCUGCCAUUUCAGCCGCGGCCUAGCGUGACCCUAAGUGAGGGAUAUAAAGGACCAAUAUCACGUCAGCAGUCCACUGUUUCCGCUUCCGGUUUACCAAAAGAGGAUAUUGAAGAAUUUAAAUCGGGCUCAGAGAAUAACGGUUAUAAUGAGCUGACUACAAGGAUUUGACAUUUGAUAUUUAGAUAUAUCACUUUUACAAUGUAUUUUUAAGUUUUUGUGUUCUUUUAUACUCGCCAACACUCCAUUUAAUACAAUUAACAUUAUUUGUAUAAUCCAUUUAUGUGAAAAAUGUAUAUACAUUCCUGAUUUCUGUAGUAAUUAAGCACUUCACUUGCAUUAUUCCGAUUUUGAAGUUGUCAUAUAGUUUGUCACGUACAAUGUAAUAAGUCGAUAUAAUGAGAUUUUUUAAUAAAAUUUUAUAAUCUCUACCAUGAGUUUGUCCUGUUACAUGUACAUAUGAAACUUUACGAUAUUUUCCAUAUUUUACAACUUUGAUAUAAACAAACUGACAUACAAUAAUUAUCUCUUCAUUUUAUAGGAAAGAGACAGCCACCAGUGUUUAAUA